GCAAAAAUGAGCUUUUAUUGGUCAAAUAAAAAUCUUUCAAGGGAUUCAAAUUUCAGGAUCCUUCUCAACUCUCAAGUCCCUCCCGUUCAGGACUUCAAGCCCCUCUCAUAAAAAUGAGAUAGAGUUUGAUCGUAGUCAAAUAAUAAGAAUGAAGGGUAGCUCGAGGGUAUCUGGGCGCAAUUGAGAGGAGAGGAAAAAAGGGUUUGAGGGUCGGAGUGUUCGAUGACAAACGGAGAUAAAGAAAGUGACUGAGUAAGAUGAAACAGGGGGCAAACAGGAAGCAGAGUGUGAGGUGAAGCCUGUUCGGGGAAGAAUAUAAAGAAAUCAUGAGUAACGGCAAAUCAAAAGCUACAUGAGAUACGAAAGCAACUGAGAUUUUUAUCAAAGAAUGCUUGGAUCAAGUUUACAAUGGAGAACGUAAAGGAACCACCCUUACAAAGAUGGGGUGGAAAGCUGUUAUUUCUGGAUUCAAUGAGAAAACGGGCAGAAAAUAUGACAAAGGACAAUUCAAAAACAAGUGGUACAACCUUAGGAAAGACCGGACAACAUGGGAUAAAUUAUUUUCCAAAGGGACUGGUUUAGGGUGGGAUAGUGCAAAGAGCAUGGUAGACACACCAGAUGAAGAUGAUUGGUGGGAGAAAAAGCAAUUGUGAUUGUGUAGACCUAGAGGAAGGAUCAUGGGAUAGUGAAGACGAUCUUCAAGGUGCUCCAGCCGGACCAGUUAGCGAUGACUUGCGAAAUAUGAAUUUAAUUACUUCACAUGGGACUCUAAGUGAAAGAAACACCAGUAAGAGGAAAAGAGUGGGAUAUUCUGAAUCUGAAAGGAAGAAAAAGCAAAAAGUCACGGCUUCAAAAAAGAUAGCUGAUGCAGAAAAUAGAAUAGAUGCAACUAAUAAGGCUAGAGGAACUGCUGUAAACACCUCCAUAGUACCUGGAACAUCUAUUGCUGAAGUGAUGGCUGAAAUUCUGACCAUGGAGGCUGUUAUGAGUGAUCUUGAUUUGUUCGCACGAUGUUGUCAUCUGACAAUGUUCGAGCCUGUUGAAAGGAUAUGAGAAUAAAUUCAGUUUGUUGAAAUGGUUGAAGAAUGCAGCUUACAACCCAUUGCCAUUUGAACAUAGCACUUGACUAGUACAUUAUUUGAUCAUUGUAUUUUACUAGAAUUUGAAUUUACGCUUUCAAAGUAGUCAUAUUAGAGUCGGAAUGCUUAUAUUUGACUGCC